AUGGGAAACGGAAUAAAUAAGGUCCUGCCAGAUUUGUACUUGGGAAAUUUCAAAGAUGCUAGAGACAGAGAGCAACUAGCAAGACACAAUAUUACUCACAUCCUGUCUAUCCACGACAGUGCAGCUCCCAUCCUACAGGAGAUGACCUAUCUGUGUAUUCCUGCAGCAGAUGUGCCCACACAAAACCUGACUCAAUACUUUAAGGAGAGCAUUGUGUUCAUGCAUGAAUCUCGACUCAAGGGAGAGGGCUGUCUGGUCCACUGCCUCGCAGGGGUGUCACGCAGCGUGACUCUGGUGACGGCGUACAUCAUGACUGUGACGGGUUUGGGCUGGCAGGAGGCACUGGCUGCCAUCAGGGUGGCUCGCCCCUGCGCCGGCCCCAAUGCGGGCUUCCAGAGACAGCUCCAGGAGUUUGAGACUAAUGAGGCCCAACAGUACAGAGAAUGGCUGUGGGACAAAUACAGGGAGUGUCCUUUCAAUGAUAAAGAGCACAUACGCAACCUGCUUGCACAAAGACCCCCCCCAGGUCUGCCACAGGAGGGGGAGAACGGCCUUCCCUCAGGGGCACCGGACACCUGAGGGAAAAUGUGGUAUUCUGCAGUUAUUCUGGGUCAUUCUGUGAUGCAUCCUGUCGUUCCACACUGGGAUGGAAAUAGAAGAAGAACGAUUACCUGUGAACUGUCU